AUGAUUCAGGUGACAGCAAGAUCUAGCAGCCUACUUCAUGAGGCAGCGAAGCCUAAAGCUGACGGGCCGUCGCUUACGGAAGAGGCCUGCAGCAAAUGGCUGAAGCUUUUCUGUAGCCACAGGCUCAUCGCCAUUUGGUGUUUAGGUCCUGAGAGCGGCACGUUGCUUCUUCGGCCCUGGGUCACGGACGCUGAGCCCAGCAAGGUCACCAUGAGACCAGGUCGACUUGUUCUUGCCAGAGCUGAUUCUCUGCAGCACCAUUUCUCAUCGGUGGGUUGUGCUUACUGCUUGAGCUGCUUCUACAGCAACACCAGCGGACCCCAGGACCCUGUGAGCCCUUGUGGCUUGGCCUUGCAGCAGUGGGCGGAGGAUCGGAUGGCCAGAUACAAGCAAGCUAGCAUGCAGGAGAAGAGGUAUAUGGAAAUGCCACGCGACUGGGAAGAGAAAGUCAACAGAGAGAAGGUCAACACCCAGCGCAUCGCAGUUCGAACUGCAUGCGUCAAGCAGCCUGGUUCGGAAGAUCCACUUGGUUGGGCUUUCGCCUUCGGCUCCGGCCCGGACUAUGCACUUCAGGUGCCGAUGAUGAGGUGGCAGCAUGAACAGAUCUACGAGGACGACCCUGAGGCCUUCCGACAUGGGAAGACAAAUUGCAUGCAUGGUGUCUUCAUUGAGGGUGUGGAGCUCUUCGACUGCGUCGCAUUUAGAAUCUCCAGGGCAGAAGCCAGCGGCAUGGACCCCGGGCAUCGACUCACGCUGGAGACUGGCUACGAGGCAUUGGUCCGCGAUGGGUUCAAAGGAAACACCCUGAUGAACAGCCGCGGGGGCGUGUACGUCGCGAAUCCUCCACCAUCUGAGUGGAGCUCUACACCCAAAGACAUUGUCGGGGGUGGCGUGUGUGGCGGCGGAGGCAGCAUUGCCUGUGGCCGAUUUUCCUUCGUGCACGGCCUGAAGGGACCGUCCAUCAGCGUUGAUGUGGAAGGGGCGUCAUCACUGCUGGCAGUGAAUUACGCAAGCACCAACCUUUGCUGGUCGGGCAAUUGGGAGCCGAUCCCAUUUGCUCUCUGCAAUUCGUGGAACUUGCAGCUCAGUCCCAUGCCAUAUGUCCACCUGGCAGCGAGCGGCUUCCUGUCACCACAGGGCCGGACCUUUGCUUUUGAUGCAUCGGCCAGUGGCUACAUUCGUGGGGACUGCGUGGUGUCGGUGGUGCUGAAGGCACUGGAGGUGGAGGAUGGCAAGGCGUCGGAGGAUUGCGUGCUGGGGCAUUUGGCCGGGAGCGCCUCCAACCAAAGCGGCAGGAGGGUCCACAUGACGGCGCCGGACUGUCUGGCUCUGCAGGAGGUCAUUCAUGAGGCCGUGCGCCAGACACAGAUCACUUCAUUGGAUGUGGAUGCGGUUGAGAGCUUCGCGGAUGGAAAGAUUCUCGACGACUCCCUGGAGGCGACUGCUCUGGCGCGAGCGUACCGGCCACAGGGCACCCUGAAUACGGAUACGUCUGCUCCGCUGGCCAUCGUGUCAGUCAAAGCUGGUGCAGGGAAUCAGUUGGAAGCCAUGGGAAUUUCACAAAUUCUCAAAGUCAUUCUUGGAGCUCGUGUUGCCUCCUUUCAUCCAUCAGUGCAUCUCAGGAUAGCGAACCCGCAUGUGGAUCUCGAAAUGUGCGAUCGGAACGCAAUGCUGCCCAGUGAGUGCAUUCGCUUUCGACUUCCUUCAACCUUUACUGGCAUCCUGAAUCGAAGCAUUGGUGGGACGAACUGCCACGCAGUGGUGUUUGCAAAGGUUCCGGAGGAGCUCUAUAGACCAAGAAGAGCAAUUGCUGGCCCAUCCAGGAACGAGCUCAUCAUGCCGUUGAAGUUCUGGCCGAGCGGAGGCGGUGACUUGAGCGACGACAUGGUGCCAAAGAUGGGAUACAGCAUCAUGGGCACCUUCAACAGGUGGCGUCCUCAAGCGAUGGAGCGUGAGGGUCCGGGAGUCUAUGGCUUCACCAUCAUCCUUGGCGAGAGCAGGUGUGAAAGCUUCCAGCUUGCUUUGGAUGGAGAUCCAACCCGAGUCCUGUAUCCUAUUUUACCAGAGGCGGAUGAGAGCUGCCCGCUGAGUGGCCCUGAGGCGGCCCCUCAGAUUCUCAGCUGGCAAAUCGAUGGACGGCCACGAGACGCAAAGCAGGCGGAACUGACGGACGAGCCCGCGAAGCUCGCGGGGCCGUUUCAGGUGCUCGCCCCCGAGCGGCCUGCAGACCUCCACGCGGACCUCGUGGCUGAGCCAGGAGCGAGGUAUCGGGUGCGGCUGCACAUCAACGGACGCUGGAGGAUGGUGGACUGGGAAAAGAUCCCCAAGGCCGAGCCCGAGUGA